AUGACCAAGUCUGACCCGCAAGAUCUCUCCAAAGGCGACGAGGUGUCGUGGAAGUGGGGCUCGCAGCACCCCAAAGGCACCGUCGAGUCGGUCGAAGAGGGAGGAGCCGAAGUCAAGACCAAGAAGGGCUCUACUAUCAGCAAGGACGGCAGUGCAGACGAUCCCGCUAUCGUCAUCAAGACGCAGAACGACAACAAAGCGGUCAAGAGCGCGAGAUCAAGGCGACAACGACGUGGAAGCGCACUAACGACGUGGAAGCGCACCAAGAAGGACGAAGCAGGGCGAAAGGCGUUGCGUCAAAAGGCGCAGGGCGAGGCGGCGGAAGCGGAGAAGCUAGCAAAGGAGCUCGGUGUCUGGGACGACCCGUUCGGCUCGGGCAAGGGCAAAGGCAAACCUGCUCGCGGAUCAAAGGCGACCUCAGACGCUAAAGGUGCCAAGACAAGCAAAGGUGGUAAAUCGAAAGCCAAAGCAGACGAUGGUGACGACGCCUUCUCAGGACUCGCAGCCUUGAUCCAGCGCAAGAACCAGAACCGCGUCUCGCAGUUCGAUGACGUGAUCGCCAAACUCGAAGCCAAAGCGGGCGUCAAGGAGAAGCGUCCCGAACGACGAAGAGUUUGA